AUGAAGCAGCUAAAGGUUAAAGGUUACGAUAGUAAAAUUAAUGAAAAUAGAUAUGCAAAUAUGAUCAAAAAUAUGAAUACGAAAAAUAGGAACAGGAAGAAGAAAAAGUUACAAGAGAAGAUAAAUUUUAAUGAAAAAGUUGAAAAUGGAAGAUAA